AUGAUUGAGGAUUAAAAUGCUUUAUGUUUAGAAGGUAUAGUUGAUUGUGUUGGUGGUUCUAAAGUUGUUUAUAAGAAAUUUAAAUACUGUUAAAAAUUGAACUUUAAUUUACUAGUUUUUGAUUUUGGAUCUGUUUUCUUUUUGAGAUAUCUAAAAUAAAAUAGUGAUUUAGAAAUAAAUGAUUAAAAAUAGUAAUUAACUAUAAAUGAACUGUAGAAAUAUAUUGUAUAAUAGAGUUAUUAUUUUGAGAAAGGAAAUGAGAGAUGGAUAAAUAUUUAAUAUUUCUUGAACAAAGUUUUAAGCAGCAACAACAUAAAUGGAUUAUUUAAUAGGAAUUAAAAUGUAAAUCCUUAUUAUUAUAAUUGGAAUACAAUUAUUGUGAUGGCACAGGACAUUAAGGUUAUAUAGAUUUAGCAAUUAUAAAUUCAAGAUAAGACUAUAUAUAAGAGGAGAAUUAAUAUUUAAAUCAAUAUUUUCAGAGCAUUUGACAUAAUUAUCUUAGGCAAAUAAAAUAGUUGUUUCUGGUUAUUAAGUAGAAGUUAUAGAUAUAUUUAGAUGGAUACAAUAUAUAAGAGAUCGUUUGCAGUUGAAUUUCUAAAUUUUGGCAACUCUUGAUUUAGGUAUAUUUCUAGAUUUGUAACCAUAUGACGGCACCUAAGCAACAAUUGAUAGAAGAUAGAAACAAUAUCAUAAAUUAGCAAAUUAGUAAGUAUAUCCUAUAAUGAAAAAUGGAAAUGUCUGUCAUUUUGAAUAAUAUUUACUAUAAUUACCCUUAUAUGAUACAGCAUUUGUUGUUGCUAGUCUUGAACAUUGGUAUUAAAUUUAGUAAUAAAAUAGUUUUACAUAAAAAAAUAUAUAAUACUUCCAAUUGGACAAUACUAAAUGA